AUGCCCGAUGGCGAAGGCGUACCUCACCUGGUAGAUCUACACGAGGAACCUGAUGAAGACGUUUUAAGAAAGCCAACUGGCGUUAAUAACCAAUACUGGCUCUACACCAGGUCGAAUCCUGACACUGCACAAAAUAUCACCCAUGGUGACGAAGACUCAAUCCGGAACUCAUUUUACAACGGCAGCAAGGCAUUGGCAGUUACUGUACAUGGCUGGAUCAGCAACGGAAACUCCGACAUGAAUACGCUCAUUACGUCUGCCUUUCUUGAUGUGCUGGAUACUAACGUCAUCGUAGUCGAUUGGAGUAAUCUUGCAAGCUCUAACUAUAUUUCAGCCACUUACGGCGUUCCUAGCGUGGGCGAAUAUCUGGGCAAUUUCUUAGUAUGGCUCAUUGAUACAGCAGGCGGAGACUGGAACAGGGUUCAUUUAGUGGGUUUCAGUUUGGGCGCUCACGUUGUUGGUGCGGCGGGGCGAACUGCUCGUGGACUGGCUGCAAGGGUUACAGCCUGUUCUGGUCCACUGCUGAACAUAUGUCACAUCUUAAAUGUAUCUUUGUUCUACUUUGGAUAUCUGAGAAUAGCCUCCAUAGCCCCGCAGUUGGCGGCAGACCUUCAAGUAUCUAUAGAGUACCUAUGUAGACGCCAUUGGGAAAGGGAUGCUGCAGUACAUGCGGUAUCUACUUUUCGUCUAUCACAAGACUCGCAGAGCAUCGGCGUGCGGUUCAUAGUGCACCAGCUGCACCAGCGCACAAAGUGCGACCCUCACGGAUUGUCACACGUCGAGCUACUGAGCUUUUGUGUGCAAGCGAUAGCGGAU